AUGUUCUGCAUUCCCACAGCCGUUGUUGCAGGAGUCUGCGCCGUCUGUAAAGGUCACUGUUGGUAUCGACCCGACGGUAAAGGUAGGUUUUAUGCAGCCUGCUCCUACCAGCGAGAUGAUCCGGGGGUCUUUAGGGCAGCGCAGACCAUGGAAUUUUACAGCUGAUGCCGUCGAGUCUCCAAGGUCUUUUUUUCGCCCGGAGUAUGCGAUUCUUUCAGGAGCUAGGUUAAGUUAGGGCUGAAAUUCAAGAGAUCUGCAGAGAAAUUUAACAGAACAGUAUUAUAUAUUUCUGGCAGUCUUUUGCCUUGUGGGUCCUUGCGGGAUUGCAAUCGGAUCCUUCUCUUAGCGAGGAAGAGAAGGCCAUCCGUCCAGCAGUCGGCGAUGCAGUCGGCCUUGGUCGCCAGCACGUCCUGCUGAUCUCGCCUCCGGACGAGAACAGAAUCCAGCAGCUGCCAGCACCACGAUAGUAGGUGACUCCAGGUUGACUCCUCCCUUUUCGGAAGACGGAAGAAGGUAUUGGGGAUGAGGACACGGUGUUCUACAGAGAGCCGCAGAAGGAGGAAACCGAUGCCUUUACAGCCGCAAAGUCCACGAGGACUCAGCACUCUUCACGCAGCUUUAUUUGUACCAGCACGAGCUCUGAAGUCGCCAAUAACGACCAACCUGUCCGUUUUCGGCACAGCUACCAGGAGAGCGUGCAGGUCCUCCCUAAGCCUGGUUUACUUCGCGUCAGAAGUGGGCAUAGAAAGGCGCAGACAGUGAUGGUGCUAAGGCAUUUGGCCUCCUGAUGAGGCAGGCGCAUGGUAAUAAUGCGGUCGUUGAUACCCAGCGACAGACAGGGCUGACGUAUCAAGUUUUUGUCCUGGAUGGCAAAGACGGCGUCUCCGUGGCGUCAAACUCUUUAGGCGGUCGUUUUCGAAGAGGGUGUGCCAGCAUCUUCUUCUAUUAGGGCCUGUUUGGACAAUCGAGUCAUACUGACUUCUUCGGUGUCCGGUGUGUGACAGGCUUCCUCUCAAGUGACUGCGACGUCCACAGCUUAGGCCUUCUACUUCUCGGAUUGUCCAAAAGACAACGAACAUUCCAGGCUGCCAAAGUGAGUGGACUCACUUUAACAAUCUGUGGGGUGGAGCAGGGAGGAUGGGAACAUGGGUUUAUGAUUGUUUGACCGUUUCGGCUGUGAGUAAUAUAUCUGCGAGCCAUGGUCUACGCCGGGAUGAUUUGAUCCUAGCACUUAUUCAGGGCGCCCUUUCCAGUCCCUUCCCCACGGGGGAAUAAGCAUUGGUGUUCCUAAGUAUGUUUGCCUAGACAUCUCAGACGGCUGCUGAACCCCGCUAUGCGUCAAGGCCCUGUUCAUUUUAGAGCCACCCGAGUUAGCUUGGGCUGUCUAGGGGACUUAAUGCCGCCCUUCUGUAGUCUUUUCAAAUGGAGAUGGUAGAGGAAAUUAGAGGUAAUGAAUGAAGGAGAAGAGGAGGAAGGGAGGGAGGGAGUGAGAAAGGAUGGGGAUGGGAACAGAAUUAUGGACUGCAGGGUCAGCAACACCACAGGAUACCCUCGUCUGAUUUAGUCCGCCGGCCAAGGCGGUCACCAGAAUGUUGCGGCUAGGCAUAAUCUAGCUUCGGGUAGCCACAGAUGAAAGUUAGGUUCCCGUUAAGGACCAUAAGAAACUGUCGCCACUUGCACGUUGAGACCUACCAUCCACGGACGUUUGGUCCUAACUGAAAAUUCCUACACCCCACUCAUUACCUAUAACAUUAAUAACACACGCGUGUGCGACGGUAUAACCGACCCAAGUUGCGACGUUCGCCACAGUCUUAUAAUAUGUACACGGCAGCUGUGAGCUGCGUGAGAAUUUAUUUAUAUUUAGGUAGACCUUGGAUACAUUUAUCCCACUCACUCAACCCACACCCACCUUCUUCAAUGGGAAGACAAAAUAAAUUCUAUUAGAGGUCGGUCCGUGCGCGGCGUUUGACGAAACUAAGCGGCCCAACGACGCGCGUCACGUGCUGCCUGCUCCUAACUCCACAUGGGUCAGACCACGUUUGUUAGGGAGGGGGGGGGGACUUGGGUAUCAUAUUGUAGUCUGUCAGUGAGGACUAGGUAGGGCCGAGGCACCAAAUCACUUGAAAAACCGAAAAGUCACGCCUCUUAGCACGUCCUAUUAGGUUAGAGCGCGUCUAUUUUAUCAUAAUUACGAGCGUCUUGACUUGCCGUGGGGAUCGAAUCUCCAGUAUCAGACUGACUCUCCCUUCCCACUUCCUUACAUCAGUCGACUAUCCCAUACCAAGAACCAAUUUCUGAGUAGUCUAGUAGCAGUGUAUGGCUUGGCGUAGUAGUCUCUUCUUAGGACAUACUACGCACAUGCAGUGGCAACAGUUACAGCCUCGUUUGGGGAAGACGCAGUCAAAUAUACUCCUGCGACUUCAUUUAUCGUCAAAUCCAAAUCACCAAAAGGGCACAAACGCGCAAAUAUUUGUUCAUUUUCUUCGUUCGCUUGCCCUAUACAUGCAAGUUACUAUUUUGCUUUCACUCUUUCCAGCUCUUUUCCCAGCCCCCUUAUUUCAACACACUUCUAUCUUGAAUGCGACCAUGCUCCAUUGUAAAUACACCGUUUCACUACUGUCUAACGUCAAAUGAGCCCAACUCCUAGGUUUAUAAUAAGCCCAAGUAGAUGUUUAAUGCAAGUAUCUAGUCGCACAGACAUAUGGAUAUUAAAUCACUAUCAUAGCAUAUAAUUCCAGGGCAUAGUCUCGUGUUCUUGGGUGAUCUUGAGCAUCUGCAUCUAAAUCGUGUCAACUACGCUUCCACCUUGCAUUACACUUCCCCUGUUAGAACACUUAUCCGUUCUCCAACGUAUGGAUCUUCUUUUUCAGCUUUAAAUAAUUUGCUUAGCAAGCGAUGUGAGCUUGCUCUAAUAAAGCCGAACUUUUGUUUAAGUGACUCGUUCUACUCUCAACGCGUCGGAAUAGGUGGGGGUUGUCUGGUUUCUGUUCUGUUCCUGAUCACGCCGCCAACCGUAAGUUUCGCGACUUUUUGUGCAAUUGACAGCAAGAGUUCAUUUGGAUGUUACUUCACAUUAAAUGUCUUCCUUCGUAGAUGCUUCCUGUCACUCACCUUCUGAAAUCUUCCAUGUUGGUGCGCCCAAUGAUCUCGAGGACUGUUUUGAACAGUAUGUUGCCAAAAAUCGGACAACCUGCACUAUGUGAUGUUUCAUCCAAAAGCAUCCACACGACAGUUGUUCGUAGGGACAUCGAUCAAGCCGCGAAGUACAUCGGUGCUGGUGCCGCCACGGUCGGUGUAGCUGGCUCCGGCGCAGGAAUCGGCUCCGUCUUUGGGAAUCUUGUCAUGGGCUACGCGCGGAAUCCUGGACUUAAACAACAGCUGUUCUCCUACGCCAUUCUCGGAUUUGCCUUGAGCGAGGCCAUGGGGCUGUUUUGUCUGAUGAUGGCUUUCCUAAUUUUAUAUGCUUUUUGA